GCCCAUUUAGACUGUCUAUAGAUCAGUGCUUCCGACACGUCAGAUUCUGUCUUGCUCGGUCAUAUUUCGACUCCUUCGUCAUCGCAUACCCUCGGAGAACGAUCAACCGACGACACCAACCACCAUCAUGGCGAACGUGUACUUUCCCUACUCCAAGGCGCCUCUGCGCACCAUCAAGGAGAUCCAGUUUGGUUUGUUCUCACCCGAGGAGAUCAAGCGGAUGAGUGUGGUCCAUGUUGAAUAUCCGGAGACGAUGGAUGAUCAACGGCAACGGCCGCGCACAAAGGGUUUGAACGAUCCACGCUUGGGAACAAUCGAUCGGCAAUGGAACUGUGAAACUUGUGAGGAAGGCCAGAAGGAGUGUCCAGGACAUUUCGGACAUAUUGAGCUUGCCACACCGGUUUAUCAUAUCGGUUUCUUGACUAAGAUCAAGAAGCUGCUUGAGACGGUCUGCCACAACUGUGGCAAGAUCAAAGCCAAUACGUCCGACCCCAAGUUUUUAGAAGCCCUGCGCAUGCGAGACCCCAAGAGACGAUUCGACCACAUCUGGCGACUGUCCAAAGACGUUCUUAUCUGCGAAGCCGACCCUCCCCCGGACGAUGACGAGCCCUUCUCGAAAGAGAACUCCAAACCCGUUCGGAUGCACGGUGGUUGCGGUAAUGCCCAACCUCAGAUUCGUAAGGAAGGUAUCACUCUUGUUGGAACGUGGAAGCCGAAUAAGAUGAUGGAUGAGAUGGACAUGCAGCAACCUGAGAAGAAGGUUAUCACCCCACAGGUUGCGUUGAACGUUUUCCGUAACAUCUCUUACGAGGACGUUCGUAUCAUGGGUUUGAGCAAUGACUAUGCCCGUCCCGAGUGGAUGAUCAUCACCGUCUUGCCGGUUCCCCCUCCUCCUGUUCGUCCCAGUGUGCUUGUCGGCGGCAGCACCAGCGGCCAGCGUGGUGAGGAUGAUCUGACAUAUAAGCUGGCUGAAAUUGUCAGAGCCAACCAGAAUGUUCAACGCUGUGAGCAGGAAGGCGCCCCAGAGCACGUCGUGCGCGAGUUCGAGUCGCUCUUGCAGUACCAUGUCGCCACUUAUAUGGACAACGAUAUCGCUGGUCAGCCGAAGGCCAUGCAGAAGUCGAAUCGCCCAGUCAAGGCUAUUCGGAGUCGUUUGAAGGGUAAGGAGGGUCGUUUACGACAGAACUUGAUGGGUAAACGUGUGGAUUUCUCUGCACGUACUGUCAUUACUGGUGACCCCAACUUGUCUCUUGAGGAGGUCGGUGUUCCGAAGAGUAUCGCGAGAACCUUGACUUAUCCCGAGGUUGUCACACCCUACAACAUCGAGAAAUUGCAGACUCUGGUCUCGAACGGUCCGAACGAACACCCGGGUGCUCGGUAUAUUGUCCGAGACAAUGGCGAGCGCAUCGAUCUUCGUCAUGCCAAGAGAGCCGGUGGUCAACAGUUGUUGUACGGAUGGAAGGUUGAGCGUCACAUCAUGGACGGCGAUGUCAUUCUGUUCAAUCGACAGCCCUCUCUUCACAAAGAGUCCAUGAUGGGUCACCGUGUUCGCGUCAUGCCCUAUUCCACUUUCCGGUUGAAUUUGUCUGUCACUACCCCUUACAACGCCGAUUUCGAUGGUGAUGAGAUGAACUUGCACGUCCCUCAGAGCGAGGAAUCGCGCGCGGAAUUGAGUCAACUGGCAUUGGUCCCCAUGAACAUCGUGUCUCCCCAGCGAAACGGUCCGCUCAUGGGUAUCGUGCAGGAUACGCUGUGUGGUAUUUACAAGAUUUGCCGGCGUGAUGUCUUCUUGACCAAGGAUCAAGUCAUGAACAUCAUGAUGUGGGUUCCUGAUUGGGAUGGGGUGAUUCCUCCCCCGGCAAUUCUGAAGCCUAGACCUCGCUGGACCGGAAAGCAGAUGAUCAGUAUGGCGCUUCCUUCUGGUCUUAACCUUCUGCGUGUGGACAAGGAUAACUCGCCGCUUUCUGAGAAGUUCUCGCCUCUGGCUGACGGUGGUCUUCUUAUCCACAACGGUCAACUGAUGUAUGGUAUGUUCUCUAAGAAGACGGUUGGUGCUAGCGGUGGUGGUGUCAUCCAUACUAUCUUUAACGAGUAUGGUCAUGGUACGGCUGUUGCUUUCUUCAAUGGUGCGCAGAGAAUUGUCAACUACUGGCUUUUGCACAACGGUUUCAGUAUUGGUAUCGGUGACACUAUCCCCGAUGAGCUUACGAUCCAGCGGAUCGAGAACUGUGUGCGCAACAGAAAGAAGGAGGUCGAGUCGAUCACUGCAAGUGCUACUGACAACACUCUCGAGCCUCUACCCGGUAUGAACGUCCGUGAGACCUUCGAGAGUAAGGUGUCUCGUGCUUUGAACAACGCUCGUGAUGAGGCUGGUAGCGAAACCGAAAAGAGUUUGAAGGAUCUGAACAACGCCAUCCAGAUGGCGCGGUCCGGUUCUAAGGGUUCGACUAUUAACAUUUCCCAGAUGACUGCUGUGGUCGGACAACAGUCAGUCGAAGGAAAGCGUAUUCCUUUCGGAUUCAAGUACCGUACCUUGCCUCACUUCACCAAGGACGAUUACUCUCCGGAAUCCCGUGGAUUUGUUGAAAACUCUUAUCUGCGUGGUUUGACCCCCACUGAGUUCUUCUUCCACGCCAUGGCUGGUAGAGAAGGUUUGAUUGAUACCGCUGUUAAGACCGCUGAAACCGGUUACAUCCAACGUAAGCUGGUCAAGGCUCUUGAAGAAGUCAUGGUCAAGUAUGAUGGCACUGUUCGGAACUCUUUGGGUGAUAUCAUCCAGUUCAUCUACGGAGAAGAUGGUCUUGAUGGUGCUCAUAUUGAGAACCAGCGGGUGGACAUCAUCAAGUGCUCGGAUGACAAGUUCCGUGAUCGUUUCCGUGUCGAUCUGAUGGAUCCUGAGCGCACCCUGGGACCAGAGGUACUGGAGCAGGCCAACGAAAUCGCAGGUGAUGUCGAGGUCCAGAGACAUCUGGAUGAAGAAUGGGAGGAUCUUCUUAAGGAUCGUGCAUUCCUUCGCUCUGUGGCAAAGGAAGACGAGGAGAUGAUGCAGCUCCCGAUCAAUGUGCAGCGUAUUCUGGAAACCGCCAGAACUACAUUCCGGAUCCGCGAGGGUACCAUCAGCGAUCUUCAUCCCGCUGAGGUCAUCCCUCAGGUGCGUUCUCUGCUGGAUCGCUUGCUUGUGGUUCGCGGAAAUGAUAUCAUUUCGCGUGAAGCUCAGGAAAACGCGACAUUGCUUUUCAAGGCCCAGCUUCGCAGCCGUCUCGCGUUCCGCAGAUUGGUUACGGAGUACUCCAUGAACAAGCUGGCAUUCCAGCAUGUUAUUGGAGCUAUUGAGAGCCGAUUCGCCAAGGCUGGUGCCAACCCUGGCGAAAUGGUUGGUGUGCUUGCUGCUCAGUCCAUUGGUGAGCCUGCCACGCAGAUGACACUGAACACUUUCCACUUUGCUGGUGUCUCGUCCAAGAACGUCACCUUGGGUGUUCCUCGUCUAAAGGAAAUCCUAAACGUCGCUACCAACAUCAAGACGCCCUCUAUGACGGUUUACCAGGAAGCUGCUCGGUCAUUUGACAAGGAGGGUGCCAAACAAUUGCGUAGCGCUGUCGAACACACAAGCUUGCGUUCCGUUACGGAAGCAACCGAGAUCUACUACGAUCCCGAUAUCCAGACUACGGUCAUCGAAAACGAUCGGGAUAUGGUCGAGUCCUACUUCAUCAUUCCCGAAGAUGUCACGGAUGAUGCGUCGCGCCAGUCCAAGUGGUUGCUCCGUAUUAUACUCAGUCGGCCGAAGCUUCUGGAUAAGGGUCUCACUGUGCAGGAUGUCGCUUCUAGGAUCAAGGCUGCCUACCCCAAGGAUAUCGCUGUCAUCUUUAGUGAUAACAACGCCGAUGAGCAGGUUAUCCGUAUCCGUCAGAUCCAGGAUUACAAGGAGGACGAGGAGGAUGACGACAUUGAAUACGAUGUUACGCUUAAGAAGUUGGAGCAGCAUCUCCUUGACACUCUUACCCUCCGUGGUGUUCCCGGCGUCGAGCGGGCAUUCAUCAACGAGAAGAGCAAGGUCAGAGUUCUGGAAGAUGGAUCAUUGUUCGCUAGCAAGACCGACCCGCUUUGCAAGGAGUGGGUUCUCGAAACAAGUGGCUCGUCUUUGGGUGAGGUUCUGGCAAUCCCCGGUGUCGAUGCUACUCGCACGUACUCCAACCAGUUUAUCGAGGUUUUCGAGGUGUUUGGUAUCGAAGCCGCACGGACAGCUGUUCUUCGCGAAUUGACCCAGGUGCUUGCGUUCGACGGUUCUUAUGUCAACCACCGCCAUUUGGCGCUGCUGGUCGAUGUCAUGACUGUACGAGGCUACCUGACACCCGUCACUCGACACGGUAUCAACCGUGCUGAUAACGGUGCACUCAUGCGUUGUUCGUUCGAAGAAACCGUCGAGAUUCUGUUGGAAGCGGCCGCUUUCGGAGAGCUGGACGAUUGCCGUGGUGUUUCUGAGAACCUUAUUUUGGGCCAGAUGGCUCCUGCUGGUACCGGAGAGUUCGAUAUCUACCUUGACCAGAACCUCAUGAACACUGUCGUGUCGAACAAUGCUCGCUUUGGUGUUAUGGGAGCGAUCGGCGCCAAGGAUGCCAUCAUCUCCGACGGUGCUGCUACUCAGUAUGACACGGGCUCGCCUAUGCAGGAGAGUGCUUACAUCGGCACUCCCGACCCCGAGUCGAACUUCUCUCCCAUUCGCCAAGCCGGUGCCGAGACUCCUGGUGGCUUCACCGAAUACCAGCCUACUGGCGGCUUUGGAGGCGGGUUCAGUCCGGCAGCUACAAGCCCAGCUGGCUAUUCCCCCAGCAGUCCGUUCAGCGCGAACCCGACGUCGCCUGGCUACUCCCCGACCUCGAGUUAUUCUCCCACGUCACCGGGUAUGGCUAUCACCAGUCCUCGUUUCAUGUCGACGUCUCCUGGGUUCUCCCCAGCGAGUCCGUCAUUUGCUCCGACAUCACCAGCAUACUCUCCUACCUCUCCUGCGUAUGGCCAGGCAUCUCCCACGUCGCCAUCGUACUCGCCAACUUCGCCAGGGUUCUCACCGACGUCGCCGAACUACAGUCCUACUUCACCCAGUUUCAGCCCGGCUUCACCGGCCUUUAGCCCAACCUCGCCUAGCUACAGCCCGACAAGCCCUGCUGUUGGUGGUGUUGGCCGGCAUCUGUCACCCACUUCUCCUACCUCACCUAAGUAUACGCCUACUUCGCCUGGGUGGUCUCCUACGAGCCCCCAGACGUAUUCUCCUACAUCUCCCAACUUUGCCGGCUCGCCGACGUCACCUGGAGGACCAACGUCUCCUGGCUACAGCCCGACGUCGCCGGCUUUCAGCCCUACAUCUCCACGCCAGUGAAAUCCUAAGAUGGUUGCUUUGCUUCUUUCUGACCUUCGCUGUAUCAUUGUACUAUCACCUACCUCCCAGACGACCCCUAAGAGGAACAAAAGAAAAAAACAUCUUGCAUUGUAUGUUGCGGAAUUGGUUGGUUAUUUCAUGCAGAAUUUGGGGCGCCUGUAGCCUUUCCCUUUCACCCAUCCGUUUUUAAAC